AUGACAAGGCAGCCAUUGUCACCGGUGGCUCUAGUAAUAUUGGAGCCGCCAUCUUCAAUUGAACUAGCGAAACGUGGUACCAUAUAUCCUGAUCACAUACAACACGGCAUACGAGAAAGCCGAAGAGACGACCGAAGAGAUCCAAAAGCUGGGCAGACAGGCCGUCAUGAUCCGCGGCCCCUAGUCCAAGCCGCCGUCAAGGCAUUCGGCAAAAUCGACAUUAUUGUCAACAAUGCGGGACUGGCCGACGAUAUGCCGCUGGAGCAUCUCACCAACGAGUUCUGGGACAGAAUGUUCGAUACCAAUGUGCGCCUGCCGGCAUUUUUGGUUCAAGCGUCCUUGCCACAUCUCGGCCUUGCCCCGCGCAUUGUCAAUAUCUCCAGCAUUGCUGCUCGCGCUGGAUAUGACGCGACUUCGGUAUACUCAGGGUCCAAGGUGGCGCUCGAGGGCCUCACACGGGCGUGGGCAACAGAGCUAGGGCAGAGGUACAACGCGACAGUGAAUUGCGUUAACCCGGGGUUGGUGGGGCCAGUUGCAAUGGAUGUAUUGGCAAAAGGGGACCCACAAGUCAUGGAACAUUGGAUGGCCAAGUCCAAGGAGACACCAGCAGCGCCAAGAAUGGGCAUGCCUGAUGAUAUUGCUCAGAUUGUUGCCUUUCUUUGCGAAGAGGGCAGCCGGUGGUGUACCGGAAGUGUUGUCAAUGCGAAUGGUGGCAUGGUUCCUGUUUGA